AUUUUUCGGAGGGUCGUUGACUGCAACAGUGACGGUUGGACAUGACAAGGAUUCGCCACUCACUACGAUCCCUAUUUUUCGGAGGGUCGUUGACUGUAACAGUAACCCGCUGCACUCGGCGAUUCAACAGUAUAAAGUGAGGUAUGUAGACUCUGCAUUUCUCAAUACCAUUUAUUCCAUCAUCAUCAUGGUUAAUCAGUCUACCGUCAAUGACACGGCCUCGCUCGCUGAGUCUACCUCAACAUGUUCAAAUAUAUCGUCAUCUCCGCAGCCCAUAGUGGACAAUGUUGCAAAACGUGUCAAGCUUAUCCUUGCACAGGCCACAGCAACCCCCUCUGAGUUGCACUCCGCUGCUCUGGAAGUAAUUGAUGUCGAUGUCGAUGUCGAUGAAAAUGAUGUGGCACCUCCUGCCGCCGAACAGGAUGACGAAGCUGAUCUAAAUACUCUCAAGAAAACAUGGCGUUCAGCAGUCUAUUCGUUUUUUAAGCUUGACGCUGUGGCUGUCCAGUAUCACGAUGGACGUCUAGUUCAUUUCUUCCCUUGCGGGGCACACAAGUGCAAGCUCCCUUCCGGAGGUGUCCGCCGCUUCCAGGACUCCAGGGACAAGUCAUCGACUACGAAUCUAAGGCAUCACGCCAAUGGCUGUUGGGGCAAAGAGGCAGUUGAUCUUGCAUUUAGUGGCGGAAAGGUACAGGCCACGAGCGGAUCAGUUUUCUCUGCUUUUGCUCGAAAAGGACAACAACCUGUCCAUCAUACUUAUCGGAUGCACACGAGCAAUGAAGUUCGGUGAGUCAACAUUUUCGGGGCCUUAAUAACAAGCGGCAUCUCUAGUAGAUGAGCUUGACGACUAUUUGCGGCAACCAGUGGAGUACCAAAGUCCAAAAUGUG